GUGUUGAAGUCCAUCUGGAUUCUGCGUGUGCAUGGGUGGUUUGUUUGUCGGACUCUUUCACUGUUUGUGUCACCUGACUCCUAAACCUGAGGUCCACUCUCUCACCAGUGAGUAGGGCAGCGAGAAUCUUCCUUGCCCAGUCAGGCCGCAAGUUGGUGUAUUCUCAGCAGAAGGACCUGUGGGGGGAUUGCGGCGCGACCGCUUAUUCCCGUGUAGUACCUAGCAAGACGUGGUGGAGGGCCUUGGAGGGACUUCCAUGGCCGCAACUGUAGCUGUUCCGGCUGGGCGGGCCGCCUAUCUUUCAAAAUGCUCGUGCCACAGUCCUCACAGCCCUCUGCUAGGAAAGCAGAACAUGCCUGGCACCCCUUCUGUUCCCCCUGGCUUGCAAAGAACAGUGCCUUUGUGGCCUCGCUGCGCUUCCUUGAUUUCCAGCUUCGGAGAGGGUACAUUGGGUUGCCUGAGCUUGACACUGGACAUUGCCUCCGGGGUUUGUUCAGCAAGCCUGGUGCAAAAUCCCUGGCCCCAGGGGAUGAACUCCUGUUUCAGCAGACAUAUGCUCCACCUUCCAGGUCCUUAUCUUCCCAGGCCUGUUUUACCUAGGGAACACCGGGCGCAGUGUUUGCAGGCCACCUCGGGGUCAAGGGGCUCUUUGACACCUCGUGCUUUUCUCGAAGACGACCAGCCGUUCCCCGCUACCGUAACUCAGCGUGACAUGGCCGAGUUAAGCCUUCGAGCGCGCCUUGAAUCGAAGUACAGCUCUCAGCUUGGAGCUGGCAUCAUAAGCACGUUUGGACGACAUGACCUUUUGCAGCGAAAGAGAGACCUGAAGGAAAAUUUCGGAGGCAGCCCUCCAGGGGGGGGGAAGAACAAUGGACGGGGGAGAGGAGACGGCGGCGGCGGAGGUGGGGGGGGUGGAGAGGGCCAAACUGCGAUUUACCUACUUCCCGUCCUGACCCUUGUGUUUGCGGCCGUUUUCCUUGGCUAUGCUGUUGCGGUGGGGUUGAAAGAGGAGGGCAUGAACAUGGACUUCCUCCGUACGAGCGCCGGCCUCUUUGGACUAUUAGCGUUGGCGGCAUUCAGGGUAAACAAUCAGACAGGAAUUGAUGCCUUCAUCCUCGGGCUAGGCGCCUCUACAGCAGUGAUGGUCUGGACUGGGGAACGGUUCGUUGUCAGAAAGGAGAUUGCGCCUGCAGGGAUCGUUACAAUUCUGGCCGCGUCGAUGGCUGUCAUUUUCACGGGAGCUCUGUACCAUAGCUUGUAACCCCUGCGGCGAUGCCUCCUCCUGCAGCUGUAGGUGUGGCUAUAAAGCGUAGGAAUGUCGAGAGUCGUUUUCUCAACGUGCAUCCCAAGGUUGCUACGUAACCUAGAAAUUGUUGUAAAGGUGGCUUUUCAAAUUGCAACUAUGUACAGUCAGAGCAGGAUCUAGUUCAAAGCAUCACAUAAACACUAUGUACAUCGCGAACGUGAAGAAUUAAGCAGUAAGUAGGUUUGUUUGAUAGGGAUGUUGGCCGACCAUGACACGAUAAGUGUAAGAUGGAAUUCCAGCAGGAUCUGGGAUUCUAUCUGUGUAUCGAAUCUUGCAUGUCUGUCCGCC